UCCACUUCUUCUUCGCGCCUCUUGAAGACGAUUUUCAUCAUUUUUUAUUUACAUCCAAGUCUGUCAAUUACUAAAAUAUUUCUUGUGAAAUUUAUUAAAUUUUUCUAAAUUAUAAAGUACAAUAUUGUUUGCGAAUUACGACAAAUUUAAGAAAAAAAUGUCUACUUUGGAAUUGUGUGAAAAAUACUUCGACACACGCGAUGUCUACAAAUUAUUCGAUGUUGAGAAAACGGCGGCCGAAAAAGACAUUAAAAAAGCCUAUUACAAAUUAUCACUGCUAGUACAUCCCGAUCGUGUACCGGAGGCACAAAAGGAAGCAGCCACAGAAAAAUUUAAGUUGCUGUCGAAAUUGUAUCAAAUCUUGACUGAUCAACAGAAGCGAGCGCUGUACGAUGAACAGGGUAUUAUUGAUGAUGACGAUGAUAAUUUGGAGGGCAAACUAUCGAAUUGGCUGGAAUUGUGGAGAAAACUCUUCAAACCUUUAACCGAAGAAGAUAUAAACAACUAUGAGAAAUCCUAUGUGGGUUCGGAGCUAGAAAAGGCAGACAUUAAGAAAGCCUAUUUACAGGGUAAAGGCUGCAUUAAUUAUAUGAUCAAUUCUGUGCCUUUCAUGAAGGUGGAAGAUGAACCGCGCAUACAGGAGUUGAUACAAGAAUUGAUAGCUGCCGGUGAGGUGCCGGAAUACAAAAUCUUUACCGAAGAGCCCGAACAAAAACGUAAGAAGCGCCACAAGAAAUAUGCACGUGAAUCUAAAGAGGCUGAACAAAUUAAAGCAAAAAUUGAGGCUAAAAAUAAAAAGCGAGCUGAUGCUGCUGGUGCAGCAACAAUGGCUGGAGGCGGUAGUUUAGAGCAGGCCAUAAUGGCUAGACAAAAAUCACGUGAAAGUGGUUUUAAUUCCUUAAUGGAUAGAUUGGCUGCCAAAUAUGCUGAUCUAGAUGAUGAGGAAGAUGUUGUGGACUUUAACGCCAAAGUCAAUAAAAACAAAAAUAAGUCUCAGCGAAAGGGCAGCAAGGAAACUGAUAGCCCAUUGCAUGCCGUUAAGAAGGGAAAAGUUAAGAAGCGUUAAAUUGGGGGGGGGCGGAGAGAAAAUAAAAUUAUCUUUUGUUUUGGUUUUAGUAAUUAGUUUUAUUUUAUACAAGAUAUAUAAACUGGUAAUUUAUUUGAUAUGUUUUUCAUUAAAUUAAAAGAAAUGAAUUCAAUAAAAAAUUUUGGUUGAAAAUAUUGUAUUGAAAAGUUGUAGGCAAACACUAAAUAUACUUUCUAUAUUAACGAUCCAGAGUAAAGUUUCCAUUAAUGUAUAGAAAUAUAUAUCUACGAAGAGUUCCAAACAAUAAAUGUGAAUCAAAAACAGAGCUAAAUACUCUACUUUGGGAAUUCCUGACAAAGAAUGCUCUAGGUCUGCGAACUGUUAAUGCUUAACUUAAACUUCCUUUCAAGGCAUACAAAGUUUUUUGAUUGACGUAUAGUCAGAUGACCAAUAACUUCAACAGAAGAUUUUUACUAUUAUGGCUA